UGCAGACACACGUCUUAUUUAUGCAGACAUGGCGGCCUUGGCAACCCUGCGAAGUGCUAGUAGCCUUUUCGGAGGCUACAGAUUCAUUUAUAAAAACUUGGUCGCUGCCCACAGCCACGUGUGGGAUUCGGUUCGGCCUAAUUUGCACCUUCAGCAACGAUGGUAUGCUGUUAGUCACCUGUCAGUACAAGAAAGGAUUGACAAGAAACGGGAGGCGGCGCGUCUCGGGGGCGGACAGGCAAGGAUAGACGCACAGCACAAGCGGGGAAAGCUGACUGCAAGAGAACGUGUUGAACUUCUCCUUGAUCCUGACACUUUUGUGGAAUAUGAUAUGUUUGUGGAGCACCGGUGUUCAGACUUUGGCAUGGAUGCAGCUCAGAACAAGUAUCCUGGAGACAGCGUGGUGACUGGUCAAGGCCGAAUCAACGGUAGACUUGUUUAUGUUUUUAGUCAGGAUUUCACAGUUUAUGGUGGAAGUUUGUCUGGUGCCCAUGCACAGAAGAUCUGCAAGAUCAUGGACCAGGCAGUGUUAGUUGGUGCCCCGGUCAUUGGGCUUAAUGAUUCGGGUGGGGCACGUAUCCAGGAAGGAGUGGAGUCUCUUGCUGGCUAUGCCGAUAUUUUCCUGAGAAAUGUUUUGGUCUCGGGAGUGGUACCUCAGAUCUCGCUUAUAAUGGGGCCUUGUGCUGGUGGCGCUGUUUAUUCUCCAGCCUUGACAGAUUUCACAUUCAUGGUGAAAGACACAUCGUACUUAUUCAUCACUGGUCCCGAUGUUGUGAAGUCUGUUACAAAUGAGGAUGUAACUCAGGAAGAGCUUGGUGGUGCAAAGACCCACACAGCUGUAUCAGGGGUUGCUCACAGAGCAUUUGAAAAUGAUGUAGAGGCCUUGCUUAAUCUGAGAGAAUUUUUCAACUUUUUACCUCUCAGCAACAAGGAUCCUGCUCCUGUAAUGGAGUGUCAUGACCCAAGUGACCGUCUUGUUCCUGGCUUGGAUACUGUAGUGCCAUUUGAAUCCACAAAGGCUUACGAUAUGCUAGACAUUAUUCAUGGCAUUGUGGAUGAGAGGGAUUUCUUUGAAAUUAUGCCCAACUAUGCAAAGAAUAUUGUUGUAGGAUUUGCCAGAAUGAAUGGUCGGACUGUUGGAAUUGUGGGAAACCAGCCAAAAGUAGCAUCUGGUUGUUUGGACAUCAACUCUUCUGUGAAAGGUGCUCGUUUUGUUCGGUUCUGUGACGCCUUCAACAUACCUAUCAUAACCUUUGUUGAUGUCCCAGGGUUUCUUCCAGGAACAGCACAAGAAUAUGGAGGCAUCAUCCGACAUGGAGCUAAGCUACUUUUUGCUUUUGCUGAGGCUACUGUGCCAAAAAUUACAAUUAUCACACGCAAGGCCUAUGGUGGCGCUUAUGAUGUAAUGAGCUCCAAACAUCUGAGGGGAGAUGUGAAUUACGCCUGGCCAUCGGCAGAAGUAGCUGUCAUGGGUGCAAAGGGUGCUGUACAAAUCAUCUUCAGAGGUAAAGAAAACCAAGCGGAGGCUGAAGCAGAAUAUGUUGAGACAUUUGCAAAUCCUUUUCCUGCAGCCGUGAGAGGUUUUGUUGAUGAUAUAAUUCAGCCGUCCAGCACCCGAAUGCGCAUCUGCAGAGAUCUGGAAGUGCUUGUAAACAAACGUCAAACUAAUCCAUGGAAGAAGCAUGCGAAUAUCCCUCUGUGAUCAGAGGAGGAGGAACAUCUCACUGUAAAUAUACUGUCAUAGCUGAUAAUGUAAUAGACGUUUCCCUGAAUAAACAUUUUAUAAAAAAAAAAAA